AUGAGGCAACAUUUAAGUGAUUAUGUACAUCACUCAAACCCAUUAUCCCCAUUUCUACAAUUCCCGUUACGGGGACGAAUGCCCCAUUCUAAUCAUUAUUUUAUUUCAGCAAAUUCACUUGCCUACAUUGUUAUUUUCGGUCUCGGCCUAGCCCCGGCCCUCCUAUUAUGGUCAACAACAAAUAUACUAACAGGAUGGUCUACAGGCCGAUUUGGAUUAUUCGGUCUUAAACAAAAAAUUCCUGAACAUGAAAUGCUCAACAUUGUCGGUCUGAUAACAAUUAUAAUUGGGUGA